GAAUCGAAACUGAUACUGUAUAUCUUUCACAAAACCAAACAGCCCCUAAAAGGGAUAUUCUCGUUUCCUUUCCCUACAAGAAAAACAAAAUGCAUUUCACUCAUCCAUAAUUUAAACCAAGUUGAAAAUGGCGUCGAUUAUUCAAUCGCCGACAAUUUCCCCAGUUGAUCGCCGGCGUGAAAGUCCGUCCAAUUCGGCGAUCAUUCGAGAAGCCGGUACUUGGAAGACGAGGAGAGCGAAAAGUUUGAUUUGUUCGAAGCUCAAGGAUGUGGAGGCGAUUACGGUUUCGGAAUUGGGAGAUAAUUUGAGAUUGUACGGACAGUUUUCGAGCUUAGUGAAAGAGACUAGUGAAGAAGAAAAAGAGAAGCAGAAAUAUUAUGUGAAUAUGGGCGAUGCUAUUCGGACUUUGAGGGAAGAGUUUCCUCACCUCUUUUACAGGGACCUCACUUAUCAAAUUUACAGGGAUGAUAUUGUCUUCAAGGACCCGCUAAACACCUUCAUCGGCAUCGAUAAUUAUAAAUCCAUUUUUUGGGCAUUACGUUUUCAUGGGAAGGUAUUUUUCAAGGCAUUGUGGGUUGACAUCGUAAGUGUGUGGCAACCUGUGGAGAGCACAAUAAUGAUUCGUUGGACUGUACAUGGUAUCCCACGAGUUCCAUGGGAUAGCCGUGGUCGAUUUGAUGGCACUUCUGAGUACAAGCUUGACAAGGAUGGAAAGAUUUAUGAGCACCGAGUUCAUAAUAUUGCUUUGAAUGCACCCCCAAGAUUCCGUGUUUUUGAUGUGAAUGACUUGUUACAAUCCAUUGGUUGCCCAUCCACUCCAAAACCAACUUAUUAUGAGAUUGCAUCAUUGUCAUCAAUCAAAAACAUCAAGCUAUUUGAAAAAGAGUCAGGGAGCCAACAUUAUCUAUCUUCCAUAUUUAAAGAUUCAGGUAAAGCUGAGGCAGGAAUUUCACAGAGUAGUUAAUAGCUCUCUCCACAUUUUAGGAUGAAAACUGGAUUGUUGAACUUAAUGGUGUAACGUUGUACUUCUGGUUGGGACACUCUCUAAGGUUUCGGCGCUAGUUACCAUAGUCUUGGCAAGAUGCUCUAGUUUUCUGCAGUGGAGCAUAUACUGUUUGUAUAGUAUUUUUUAUGGUGUUCUCAUGUAAUGUUGUACAUAUCAUGUACUUGAAUUAGAACUCUUGUAGCAAAAACAUGUGGCUGUUGUAAGAUUCUGUACACACUGUACAGAUCGUCGGGGGAAGAUAUGCACGCACCAUUACACUGUCAAAAUUUUCAUACCGGGAAAUGAUCUAUCUUUAGCUA